GUCACCAAUCUGCGCCCUAGCCAUUGAUUCCUGACUGAAGGUUGGGGGGGCACUACGGGUUGGGACCAGCCGGGAAGGUCCGGCGCAGGCUUGGGCUCACGAGUGGGCAGCGUCCGAGGAGUCGCGCGCGGAGGACUGAGGGCUGGGAGGACAGUUGCCUGCACCAGAAUCACCAUGAAAAUUCUUCUGGAUUCUUCCUGAUUAUUUAGCAGGAAGGCAAGAAAGCAGAGGGGUGUUUCCUCACCAGACAUGGCCCUACUCGGACCCUAGCUAUGAACAUAGCAAGUGGAGAUACCCACAGCCACAUGGGCAGGAGUCUUACCCUAGGAAUUUCCAGCUUCAGCAGAUAGAGUUUCUCAAAGGGCGGCUCCCAGAAGCACCCUUGAUUGGACCACAGACCCAGUCACUGCCGCCAUUCCUCCCAGGACACUGGCCAAGAUUCCCAGGGCCACCUGCCCAAGACAAACAACUGGAAAUCUGGGGGUUCCCCAGGAGUGUGACUCUCAGAAGUCAGGGGUUUCACAUAGGAUCCCCACGUCCUCCCCCACACAGCAGGGGUCCACCAUGGAGAGGUGCUGACGGGCUUUGCUCACACUUCCGGGAGCUGAGUAUCAGUCAGAAUUCGGAGCAGAAGGUCCUAAAACGGCUAGAAGAGCUUGGUGAGGGGAAGGCCACCACUGCCCACGUGCUAGCCAGAGAGCUCAGGACCCCCAAAAAGGACAUCAAUCGUAUAUUGUACUCCCUGGAAAGGAAGGGAAGGCUGUGUAGAGUGGGGACACCUCCUUUGUGGAGCCUUGUACCCUUGAAUCAGACUUGGACUCAGCCCUCUAGAGCUGUGAAUCCAGACAGUUGUAUCAAGGACGUCCCACAAGGAGAGCCUGGUUUGGACAGUGCGGAAGGAGACCCUUCCUCUGACUUAGAAGGACCUUCUGAGCUUCUUGACAUGGCUGAAAUCAAGGAGAAAAUCUGUGACUAUCUAUUCAAUGUGUCAAACUCCUCUGCCCUGAACCUGGCUAAGAACAUUGGCCUCACUAAGGCCCGAGAUGUGAACGCAGUGCUGAUUGACUUGGAAAGGCAAGGCGAUGUCUACAGGCAAGGGGCCACUCCUCCCAUCUGGUACUUGACGGACAAGAAGCGUGAGAGGCUGCAGAUGAAGAGAAGUCCGCACAGUGCUCCUGCAGCUACCCCAGCAGCUGUCCCAGAGGCUGCCAGAAGCCCCUCAUUCCCUGCCUGCCAUGCACCCCCAUCGGGUGCCUCAAGCAACAUGGCAGCCUCCAAGAGAGUGGAGAAUGGGCAGGAACCUGUGGUAAAGUAUGAAAGUAGGCAGGAGGCCAGACCAGGACCAAUGAGACUGCGGCCUCACGCUUACCACAAUGGCCCCUCUAGAGCAGGGUAUGUUGCCUCUGAAAAUGGCCAGUGGGCCACAGAUGACAUCCCAGAUAACUUGAAUAGUAUCCACACAGCACCAGGUGAGUUUCGAGCCAUCAUGGAGAUGCCCUCCUUCUACAGCCCUACCUUGCCACGGUGUACACCCUACAAGAAGCUAACUGAGUGCCAGCUGAAGAACCCUGUCAGCGGCUUGUUAGAGUAUGCUCAGUUCACUAGUCAGACCUGUGAUUUCAACCUGAUAGAGCAGAGUGGACCAUCCCAUGAACCUCGAUUUAAAUUCCAGGUUGUCAUCAAUGGUCGGGAGUUUCCCCCAGCUGAGGCUGGCAGCAAGAAAGUGGCCAAGCAGGAUGCAGCAGUGAAAGCCAUGUCGAUUUUGCUUCGGGAAGCCAAAGCCAAAGACAGUGGACAACCAGAAGACGUGUCCCCCAGUCCCAUGGAGGAAGACUCAGAGAAGCCAGCAGAGUCCCAGGCCCCCAGCUCCUCAGCAACAUCCUUAUUCUCUGGGAAGAGCCCAGUUACUACACUGCUUGAAUGUAUGCACAAACUAGGGAACUCCUGUGAAUUUCGUCUCCUGUCCAAAGAAGGUCCUGCUCAUGACCCCAAGUUCCAGUACUGUGUAGCAGUAGGAGCCCAGACUUUCCCCACUGUGAGUGCCCCCAGCAAGAAAGUAGCAAAGCAGAUGGCUGCAGAGGAAGCCAUGAAAGCUCUGCAAGAGGAGGCAGCCAAUUCAGCUGAUGACCAGUCUGGAGGUGGAAAUGCAGACUCACUUGAUGAAUCUGUAGCUCCCAACAAGAUCAGGAGGAUUGGUGAGCUCGUCAGGUACCUGAACACCAACCCCGUGGGUGGCUUGUUAGAGUAUGCCCGUUCUCAUGGCUUUGCUGCUGAGUUCAAGCUCAUCGACCAGUCUGGACCUCCACACGAACCCAAGUUUGUUUACCAAGCAAAAGUUGGGGGCCGCUGGUUUCCAGCCGUGUGUGCACACAGCAAGAAACAGGGCAAGCAAGAUGCAGCGGAUGCAGCCCUCCGUGUCUUGAUCGGGGAGAGCGAGAAGGCAGAGCAGUUGGGUUUCGCAGAGGUAACCCCAGUAACAGGGGCCAGUCUCAGAAGAACUAUGCUCCUCCUUUCCAGGUCCCCAGAUGCACAUCCAAAGACACUUCCUCUCACUGGCAGCACCUUCCAUGACCAGAUAGCUAUGCUGAGCCACAGGUGCUUCAAUGCUCUUACCAACAGUUUCCAGCCCUCCCUGCUUGGCCGCAAGAUCCUGGCUGCCAUUAUUAUGAAGAGAGAUGCUGAGGACAUGGGUGUUGUCGUCAGUUUGGGGACAGGGAAUCGCUGUGUGAAAGGGGACUCUCUGAGCCUGAAGGGAGAGACGGUCAAUGACUGCCAUGCUGAAAUCAUCUCCCGGAGGGGCUUCAUCAGGUUUCUCUACAGUGAACUGAUGAAGUACAACCACCACACUGCCAAGAACAGCAUAUUUGAGCUUGCCAGGGGAGGAGAGAAGCUGCAGAUAAAAAAGACGGUUUCUUUUCAUCUCUACAUCAGCACGGCGCCAUGUGGAGAUGGAGCCCUCUUUGACAAAUCCUGCAGUGACCGUGCUGUGGAAAGCACAGAGUCCCGCCAUUACCCUGUCUUUGAAAAUCCCAAGCAAGGCAAGCUUCGAACCAAGGUGGAGAAUGGGGAAGGCACAAUUCCUGUGGAGUCCAGUGACAUUGUACCCACGUGGGAUGGCAUCCGGCUUGGGGAAAGACUCCGUACCAUGUCCUGUAGUGACAAAAUCCUGCGCUGGAAUGUGCUGGGCCUACAAGGGGCGCUACUGACGCACUUCCUACAGCCUGUGUACCUGAAAUCUGUAACAUUAGGCUACCUUUUCAGCCAAGGGCAUCUGACCCGUGCAAUUUGCUGCCGCGUGACCAGAGAUGGGAAUGCAUUUGAGGCUGGACUACGCUAUCCCUUUAUUGUCAACCACCCCAAGGUCGGCCGAGUCAGUGUGUAUGAUUCCAAAAGGCAGUCUGGAAAGACCAAGGAGACAAGUGUCAACUGGUGCUUGGCUGAUGGAUAUGACCUAGAGAUCCUGGAUGGCACCAGAGGCACCGUGGAUGGACCAGGGAAAGAGUUGUCUCGGGUAUCCAAGAAGAAUAUUUUCCUUCAGUUUAAGAAGCUCUGCUCCUUCCGAGCCCGCAGAGAUUUACUGCAGCUUUCCUAUGGUGAGGCCAAGAAAGCUGCCCGUGACUACGACUUAGCCAAGAACUACUUCAAGAAAAGCCUGCGGGACAUGGGCUAUGGGAAUUGGAUCAGCAAACCCCAGGAGGAAAAGAACUUUUAUCUCUGUCCAGUACCCAAUGACUGAUGGUGGGGCAUGUUUCUCAUGGGGUCAGAGGGAGGUCAUGGCAUUCCUCAUCACAUUGGGCCGGAGUUUAGGGUCUUUUUUUAACCUCCUCCCCUCCCCCCUUUUUAAUGGUGGAACUGUAAUAGGUGGUACCAAGAACUUUGGUUCCCGUUAAUCCUGCUUGCUUUGGGAUUGCGAGGUGGGGUCUAGCCAAGUCCCCACCUCUCCUUUCCCAAGGAAAGAGGCUGAGAUUAAAGGAAGAGGAAGCGCUACCAUCCCACAUGUAGCAUAGGGCUCGGGCUUAGUUCUGUGGAGGUUUUCUCAUCUCCUUUUCCUUUGCUACACUGGCCUCUUGUGGGUUUGAUUCCAUCCCAUCAAUUCUCUGUAAAUCAUGUCAGGGACUAAUGAUGUCACCUGUAGAUGUGCAGGCCCCUGCUCUGUCAUCCUUCCCUCCUAGGGUGCCUUCCUGUGAUGAGGUCUGUCCUUCCCCACCCCAGAGGACAGAGGUGAACAUAAAGGAUUAGUGAAAUGUUUACAAGGGCAGGAGUUGAAAACUGUGGUCAGGGAUUGUCGGGCAGCAGGAAUGUGGUAAACUGUGGUUGGGACAGGCGAACCCUACCCACUUGUGCACAGAUACAUACACAUAAACAUGUAAUGUAACAGGCCGUGCUGGCCCGCCAAGGAACCUCCCUUCCUGGGCAGCAGGGAAGUUGAGAAUCAGCCAACGGGACUGAGGAAGGUGUCCAAGCCAAGCAAGUCCCAGUAGGGGCCCACAAGCACUAACUAGAGUGCACCAACAUAGCAUUCCUUGGGAUGUAGCUGCCCUCCAUCUGUCCCCCCAUGGAGCAUCCCCAGAAGCUGGCUCUGUCCACAUGUGGCAUGGAGCUACAGGCCCCAGCUAAUUGUGAAAAGCCGAGGACAAGUCCUUGAGGGCAGAUCUUUGUUCAGACCGAGCAAAGGUAAAUGCAGAACAUCACGUUGAACCAUUGGGAUUCUUCUCAUGGUACUGAUACCAGCAGAAGUUGACAAAGCCUUGUAUAAAAUUAAUGUUUCUUAAAGGCCAGAGGUGUUGAUUCUGAACUGCAUCGCAGACUUGAGAAGCAAAUAUAUUUUUCCAUUAGUGAAUGUACUUUCAUUAUAUCAGAUGGCUUCAGAAACUGGUUCAUGGGCGGGGCACAAAGCACUGGAAUCUCCUGCCCUGCUCCUUUGAGAAUCUUCAUUUACAUACAAGUAUUGUAGGUGGCAAGACAGGCUAGCCUCCCACUCUGGGGUGGGCUUCUUUGACUCCUCCCCCUCUGACAGUGAUUUGUGGGUAUUCGGGAGCCUUAGCCUCUGUAGGUAGAGUCUGGCUCUAGCAUCAGAUCAGCCAGACAGACCCUGCUUCAUUCUGCCCUCCUAGGACCAAGCUCACCUCUUUGUUCUGAGUGGUGUGGCUCCGAAUGGAGACAGCUGUGCCAGUGUCCAGCAGCUUCCUGUGCCCUCUUGCUUACCCUCAGUGCUGCCUGGCUCCCCCACCCUCUGGCCCACUGCCAACAGCAAACAUCACAUUCGUACUUCAACUCUAAUGGCUACUGCCUCAACCUAUGAUCAAAUCUGGCCAACACAAGACCCUGUCUUAAUACACUGGGGAUGUCUUUGCACAACACUAAAUCAUCCUAUGGAACUCUGCUAUCUGCGGAAGUGAGAAAGUAGCACCAUGCUUGUGUCAGCUGGAGGCAUGUCACCUUCUGGCACCUGCAUCUGAAGCAGAGCCAUUGUGGUUUCCAGGCCUGGGCAGGAAGCUCUUCCCCUGGGGUUUAAAGGCCAGAGAAUUCUCUCCCUUUGGUCCCUCUGGUCUCUCUGGUCCUUCUGGGUAUUCACACACACCCCAGUCCUGUCUAGAAAACUUGUGGUUCUGGGUUUCUACGGAUGGAAGAGCAAGGUAUCCCUGUGUUCUGUAGGCUUGCUGAAGCAAGCCGCUGGCAUCCGUGCCCCACCCCUCCCCCUGCCUCCAGUUCCACUGGCCAAGGGCAGAGCUUCCACUGUGCUUCCUUCACCUUUGUGUGACCUUUCCUUUAAGAAGCAAGGCCUCCCUCCACACUGUCUCUUAAUAAUUUCUGUAGUUGAUUUGUCUGAACUGUGGCUGUCUUGCAUUCUUUGAAUAAUCACGUGUAAGAAUUGUCAAUGCUUGAAACUGUUUCCUGUACUCAAGUUGAAGGGACUUUGUUGGCCUUGGGGUUUUGGCAGUGACUCCAAAGGCAGAGGGGGGAAGCAAGCACCUAGACAUACUCUUAGCACGCUGUGAUGGAUGCAGUCCCUUCUUGUGUCCCUUUACAAGUGACAGUAUACAUUCCUCAGAAUAAAAACACUGAAGCAUCA